UAAUUUUAGCGACACCGUGAUUCGGAAAUACAUCUCCUUUGUGGCUAAAAUGUUCGAGGGGCAGGUGUGAAAGUCCUGUGGUUACAGCGGGAAAUAUUUUCCGAGCGAGAAUAACUUCCUUUUAGACACUAUAUGGUUAAAAAUAUGAGUCCGCUGGCAGUAGCAUAGCUCGCUUGCUAGCUACGUAAAGGCGAGCAAUUCGAAGGGACGGUAAUUUCCAGCCAUCAUCAGAAGGCACCAUCACGAGGGCAGCAGCAGUCCCAGCAAGUAGAAAGUACCACUGCUGUUCAUAAUGGGAAAUGUUUCCAUUUGACUUGUUUUUUACUGGGCUGCAGUAUUCUAGGAAGACUUGGCUACUGUUUAAGGAUUUUGUGGAAGAAUACAACCAAUGGACAGAUCCCGUGUAGAUGCAGUAUUUCAAAGCUGGAAGAACACUGACAUUUUUUAACGGGACAUCGGAUGAUCAAUGUGUCACUGAGGUUCCCUGCAACAACUUUCCUUCUACCUGCACGAUGCUGCCCCGUUUGCAAAGAAUCCUACGGCCCGUUCUCUUUGUAAGGCCAGGGCUAACGUUAGGAAGGGCCAUUGAAAAGAGCACAGCCACGGCCCGUAAGCCUCUGUCGAUGAUGAUCUUGCAAAGCUGUGACUUGGGUACGCACCCUCACAAGGAACCGAUGGAGCCGCUCAACUCUCCGCGAGGAGCCAGGGACUUCAUUUACAGUCUUCAUCCCACAGAACGAACAUGCUUACUUCGAGAACUUCAUCGUUUCGAAUCUAUUGCUAUAGCGCAAGAGAAAUUGGAGAUGGCCCCUCCAACUGCAGCUCAGCUUAGAUACGUGCUUCUACACAAUGCUAUCCCAUUUGUCGGAUUUGGCUUCCUGGACAAUGCCAUCAUGAUUGUCGCAGGGACUCAGAUUGAAUUAUCCAUAGGAGUGAUCUUAGGAAUCUCCACCAUGGCAGCUGCUGCCCUGGGCAACCUGGUGUCGGACUUGGCCGGACUCGGCCUUGCAGGUUACGUGGAAGCACUAGCCUGCAGGCUGGGCAUGCAGAUCCCUGACCUCACCCCCAAACAGGCGGACAUGUGGCAGACCAGGGUCAGCUCCCACUCUGGAAAAGCCAUCGGGGUUGGCAUCGGAUGCAUUCUGGGAAUGUUCCCGUUACUCUUCUUCAAGGACGAAGAUGAGAAGAAGAAAACAGAAGGAACCGAGUUGUCUACAGACUCCAGCAGCAACUGAACCCCCCCGCCCCUCCCCCCUCCUAGUAUUUAAACAAGGACUUCCAUUCUGAGGAAGACGAAAGGAUCUACAAUGAACUGUCAAACCGUCGCAAUGUAACUUGUCUCUGUCACAACAGAUCUAGGUAAACUGGUAUAAAUUACACUAAAAGCAUGACUCUCUGAUUAUACCAGUGUCUUAUAUUUCUUAAGUAAUAAGGACUGCGUCAUUGAAGCAGUGUAAAAAAAAAGAAACAAAGAAAAACGUGUUACUUUGGUUUUAUUGUACCUGUCGGUCACACUAACGGCUUCUUUAAGUUUUUGCCUGGCGCUCGUAUGUUUUAACUGGUGACGUUAUGUACUCCUAGCUUUGGUAGACAGUGACCAUCCACAUCUUUGACAAAAUGCUGGGACCAGAGUUCUGUUGAAUUAUUUUUGGUGACUGAAUUACAAAGCUUGAAUUGAUACUAUGGCUGGUAGGAGUUUAUAAUUUUUCUCACCAAAGGCUUUAUUUCACUACUCCGUCAUCUCGAUACACAUCUCCUUUCUGUACAUGAACAAUCUUCUCUUGUUUUAUUUGUUUAGUUUUUUCUGUUUCUUCUGCCUGACCGGAUUUGACUGAAAACCAGUGAACUGCACUCUUGACCCUGAGGCACCAGAGGGAGUUGUUGACCCAGGUCCUGGAACAAACUAAAGGCAGAGAUCGAUCAGCUGGCUCUACACACGCCCUGCUUUGCCAGCUUGACAAGCUUGAAAAUUGAGCUGGUGAUAAGCUGGUCUAGCUGGGUAUGAGCUGGUCAACCAGCUAGUGCCAGUAGCUUGUCUGAGCUUGUCAACCGGCUUCCAGCUGUUUCAAAACAUAGCUUGAGCUGUUUUUUCAGCAGGGUGUCGCACUAUAUUCUCAGAAUUUGUUUCAUUGUGCCUUAAUGCAGGGGUGGCCAGUUGUAUUUAUAGAUUGCUGAAACAUCAAGUCUUAACAUGCUCCCUCCUGUGUUUUUGGAAUUGUUUGGCCAUGCCAGUUUAACUUCCACCUUAAACUGAAAUGAAAUGAAAUCCCAAGUCCCAUAAAUGCCUCUCAUCAUAGUAUCAUCCUCUAAUAUAGAAUCUAUAGCUUUGAGUGGCUUUUUAAAAAACAUUUCAGAAGUGCUUCAGGAAAUAUGUAAGCUCAAUUAACCUGAUAACAUUUCAUUUUACCCUUUUAAGGACUUAAAUUCGUGGUUUUGCGUUUUAGCAUUAAAUGAGGAUUCCCAGUUCCUUGACUAGCUCUCUAGAUAGUGAAUUUUAUUGCCAUUUUCUCAUUAUUUUAUCACCUCAUUGUCAAAUGACCUUACAUUAACAAGCUGACUGUGCCUAAUUGUGCACUAUACUGCACAGUGCUACAGGAUGUAAGUUUAUUAAGCAACUAUACACACAUUGUAGUCAGAAGUACUUUCAGUGCCAUGGUAUUGUAAUGUUAUUGUAGGCAUAGCUGUUCACAGGAAUAUACAGUAAUCUUGAGAGAAUUAAUAACCUGGAAGCCCAGAAUAGGAAAAGCAUUUCUUACUGUUUGUAUUGUUUUGUAACCAGUCUGGCUUUUGUUUUAUAAUUUAUUUUAAAAGCAUAGUCAAUUCCUUGUUAAACCUUAGCAGUGAACUGAAAGCCAAUUUGAACAAAUAGUAUACUGUUGCAUAUGGAUGUUUGUAUGCGUUUUGUUAGGCCCAAAACAUACCUUGCAUAAGUGCAGUAUGUGAACACAAUUCACGAUGUCAGGCCAACAUUGUGGCUGCCUGUCUUGGCCAGGUCUCUCUUAAAAAAUGGAUUUAUCUCAAUGGGAUAUUCCUGGUUAAAUAAAGGUUAAUAAAUAAAAUAGCAUGCUGUAAAAGCAAGGCGCGGUUGUACAGACUCAAUGUGCUUUCUUAUGUCCCCAUGGAGGUAGUAAACCAUAGUCCUCGAAGGGGCAAUCCAGGACAGUGGUGAAAGCCUGAGCAGAAGAAAGCACAGAUUGAAGAAGGCGGCUUCAUCGUGUUGUUGCCUGCUGCCCCCCCUUGGCCCUGCCGCUUAUGCUUGCAUUACAAAUUUCAGGUGACACGUUUUAGAAGGUAACAGCGUGUGAAAUCGACUUUGGGUGGCUUGAAGCAUCUGCAUUUGCGAUUUUGUGUACUCACCCAGCCCAGGGUAUGUUCCAGGCCUUGUUAUUUUUCAUUCAUACCUUUGUGAAGCACACAGUCACAAACAUGACUGCAGCUGUCUGUGCUUCCACAUACAGGAGUCUGCCACUGAUCUUGAAAUGGAAGGCUUCUUUUUGUCUUCGUAGCCAUGAGUUCAGCUGUCACUAAAACGAACAAGGAAGAGAAAUGUGUUUUACUGUGGGGGGAAAGGACAAGUGGUGAUUGAAUCGAGGCUGUUGCAGAAUGUCUCUGUAGGACCGUAGUUUCGAAAGUGGGGAGAACGUAGACACAGAAAAGUGAGGGGGAAAAGGCUUAGAACAGUGAUGAGUGUGAGGGGGGUAAAAAUGCCCAGCUAAAAAAUACUGGGAACCACUUGUGCAAGAGAUGUUACCUGGGGGGCACUUGGAUGAAGUUUAUGUGAAGAGAUGUAUGCACUAUAAAAUCUAUCAGUGAUGAGGUGGACUCUAAGGCUGUUUUUAGUGCUGCAGUGUUUUUUUUAUGUCAGAAAAGUACAAAAAAAUAAAAGCCAAGGUCACAAUUAUCUGGGGCUGCUUUAGCAAACAGAAGGCAAGAGAAUGUGGCAUGCUGGUGCUUUAUUUAUUUAUAUCUCUGGUUAUGUUUUUUGGUGAUUGUGCAUACUAAAAGGACAAAUUAUAUGCAGAAAUUAAGCACAUUUUGUAGUAGAAAAAAGACAUGUACAAAUCAUUUGUUCUGUUUAAACGGUGGUGCAUUUAUUCCUGAAAACAUUUAGCACACUUUUUGUGUGCAUGGCUAAUGCCAAAUAUUUAUACGUUGAACUAAAUUAAAUGUCUGCUUAGUUUUUAUCAUCUUUUGGCAACUCACCUGAAUAGACUAAGUCUGACAGUCUGAAACCUCUAUUGCAAAUUAGUUAAACCGUGAUUUUAAAGGCAUGCUCUUAAUCUCUUUAAUCUUUCUAUUUUUAAGGACUGGAAAAUACGAUUUUCAAAAAGAAUUUUACUUUCAGGUAAAGCACAGUGGAUGAAACCUUUGCCCAUGCCUUUGCAAUAAUGUUUAUUUAAAUGCUUUAAAAAUAUGUCACUUUCUGACAAAUAGUUGCAUUUUGCUUAUAAGGAUGUGUGGUGUAAAUGUCAAAUUCAUUUUACCAUUUUCUCUGAGCAAGAAAUAUAAUUGUCUGCAAUUGUACCUACCCAUAUCACUUGCUUUUGCUCUCUGUGGAAUGGAUAUUGCUUACCUCAUUUACACAUAUCAGUUUAUAUAUUUGGAAUAAAGGCUUAAAAUGUGUUUUGAACAACAAAAUGUUAAAUCCUCCAAGCCUAUUUCGAACAUAAGUAUGGAACUUGCUGAAUAAAGCUCCUCAUCUUCA